AUACACAUCUUCAACAAGUUGCUGGUGUUUUGUUUGUUUGUUUGUUCUUCUGUUGAAGCCGAAUUUGAGAUCUGGAUUGAUAACUGUAAACGAGUUGUGCGCCGGGGUUAAAACUACGUGUGACAUCCUGUAACCACCUGCAUAAUGAAAUCAAACCACUGAAGUCAUUGCAGACUGUCUUGGCAAAUGUCGCAUACGCCUAAAUGGCCUCUCUGGAUAGAAAACAUGAGGUUUGCAGCCCCUUCAUUCCACGAAGAAAUCCAGGGAGGAAAACAAGUGCAGAGAUCGUCAGCGAAGCGAGGCGGUCCCUGCGAGUCCAGUCCACCCAGCGGCCAUUUACUCCCAAAGAUGGACACCGGCAACUUUUUGGAAAAAGCUCUGUUCGCGCUGACUCCCACAGCAGACCUCCAUCUUCGUUUAGUCUUCAUGCUAAACAUUUUGAUGCACCUGACUCAAGGCCAGGUUCAGGCACACGCCUCUCUCCUCUAGACCAUAAGCCAACGUUUCCAGUCCCCAGUGCUGCUGAGGAUGCCUUCACGACCUUUCCUAAAAACCCCAGUGCCCCACCGAAAGGGAAGAAGGGGCUGCCAGGGACGCGGGCACGCCUCCUCUGUGCUGGAUCUCUCAUCGCGCUGUCUCCUGUAAAGGGACACAAAGAUAUGAAAGAACGAUUAAAUCCGGGACCAAAGCAGACGUCAGCUAAAAGACUCCCCAGCACCGACCACACCGAGGUCUGCAGCGGUCCCCACAAACCAGGCAGAACAGCAAGUGAACGAAGAAUAAUGCAGCCUGGUGUUGACUCAGACAUUCGACUCACAGAGUGCACAGAAGGAGGAAGAGCAGUUGCUAAGAGCAACCAGCCAAUCGCGGAGAGAGCUCUUGGUUUGGGCAACAACAGUUUUCUGCAUCACACCAAGAAAGGGGAGCAGGGGAACGGAGAAAACACAACAAGCACAGAGGAGGAUGCAGAGUCAUUGAUGUGGAAUAAUAUGAUUGCUCCUCGUCUCCAACAACUAGAGAGAGUGGCUGCAGGCAGCUCGGUGGACCGGCUGUGUGAUUUGUGUGACGGUCUCCAUGGCACCUUGGCAGAAGCGGACAUGCUCGGCCGACGCUGUAAGAGGAGGUCAGGGAUACUUCGAACACUGUUCCGCCUCAUCGACCUCAACUCUGCCCAGCUCAACCUGCGCAUCGCCAAGCUCUGCCUCGCUCUGUGUGUCAGUGGGAACAACCUGCUCAACAUCUGUAAGCUCAUCUUCCAGAUCAGUCGCAGUGAAAGCAACGACCUCCUCUUCCAGAACAACUCCAUCAUAGACUCAUUUCUGGACAUUUUGAACAACGAGGAUGUGUCCUCAUCUGGAGAAGCUCUGCUGUACUGUGCCGGGACUCUGAAAUUUCUCUCAGGAAACAGUGCAAUCCUCCGACUCCUGCUUGACAAGAACUGUGUUGGUGUGGCUCAGAAGCUCAUCCAGAGGCUCUGCCAAGCUGAAGACACCAACUUUACAAUAGCAGGGCACAUCUUUGUACAGCUGACAGCGACCUUGAGGAACCUUGCAGAUCACCCUGAUUCCCGUCCACUCUUCAUCUCCUUCUCUAUACUGUCAGAGCUCUGUGUGGUGCUGCGUCAUCACAGCAAGGACCUCGACAUCUGCACCAACAUUUCCAGAAUAUACAGUAAACUCUCCUCUUACUCGGAGUGCCGCCUCGCUCUGGCUCAGACCCCCGACUGCUACCAACUAUUUUUAGAACUGCUGAACAAACAUCACCAAAAACAGGAUCUUGUUGUGCGCCUUCUUUUCACCGUCGGGAACCUCACAGCCAAAAGCGACGAGGCUCGAUGGCAGCUCUUUCAGUGCGAGGGCUGCAUGGACACCCUCCUGCAGCUGUACGACACCUACCAGCGGAGAGACGACUCACCGCACACACAACCGCAGAAAGGUGCCCCUUCCCGCAGCGAGCCUCAGGCCCCUCCGGGGAACGUGCAGCAGGACGAGGACGUGCUGGUCAAGCUGGUCAGGGUGCUGGCAAACAUGUGCAUCCACCCGGCUGUCGGUCCGGCUCUGGCAGCCAACGCAACCUGCAUUCAGCUGCUGAUGGAGACACUUGAGCUGAGGUGUGUGCAGGAAAGCGAGGAGCUGUUGGUGAAUGUGGCCGCCACCAUCAACAACCUGUCCUUCUACCAGGACAGCUCUGUCUUCAGACGCAGUCAUCUCACCAUGGCAAAGUUGAUGUUGAAGUUGGUGCUCUGCUCCAGCAUGGACGCCGUGCUUGAGGCCACCCGUGUAUAUGGAAAUUUAUCACAGUCCAAGGAUGUACGAGAAUUUAUCAUGCAAAACAGAGUGCACCAGUUUGUUGUGACACUGCUCGACUCAAAAAGCACUGAGAUGUGUAUUUCAGCCUGCGGGGUCCUCACCAACCUGGCUCAGGACCCCCCCAACAGGGCUAGUCUCUCAGUGGAGGGGGCUACUGCCAAGCUCGUGGACUGUCUGAGAGACUUCGGGCCAGCUGAUUGGCAGCUGGGGGGCCAGGUUUGUCAGGCGUUGUGGAACAUGAUCAGUGGCGGCUCAGAGAAGCUGCUGGACACACAGGAGAGAGAGUCACUGCUGGAGAUCCUCACCAGAUACUUAGAUGAAGAGGAGGCUCUGAAGUGGAUAGAGAAUGAAGAAAAGAGGGACUUCCACAGGGCAUGCUGGGAGUUAGAAUUCCUUCCCGUCGCUCAAAAACUGACGAAGACGCUCCAGCCUCCGGACCAGACAGCCUGAGAUUAAAUACUUCACCCAGGGUCCAUAACAGCUGUCGAGCACUAACCUGCAGUGGCUGUAAAGUGUGUGUGCAGUGAUGCCGGUCACAGUGAAUUAUAUUGCUGCUUUACAAGCCUAAAAAAGUCAGAACACCGGUGAAAAAAAAUGGCUUAAACAACUGCUGCAGCAUAAUUCACUUGUCCACUGUCCAUCUUCUUGCUCAAGUUGGUUUCCUGUGGCUAUUGAUGGUAUUUGUCACAAUACAACAAACGUCAACAGCCAGUGGUGAGGCCUACAGAUGGCCAGUGUGUCACAUUCUAAACAAUAGGUUGUGGUGGUUCAUAAAUGCAUGCAAGCAAUAAGAAGCAGGGCGACUGUGUAAAUGUUAUAUAUUUUGCUUGAGUUUUAUACACUUUACAAACGAGAUCUUAUUAUUUACUCUUUAUAUUAUCAAUACCAGCUAUUUGUAUGCACUUUAAUUUCUGUAAAACUUGCAGCUACCGGGUACAUUCACAUGAACAGAGAUCAUUUAAUACAAGCUCUUUGCACAUUUAUGGAACAGUCUAGAUCUGCUUUGUAAUCUUGCUAGUUUGGAAAGGCUCUUUUAUGAAAAUGUACUUUUGAAAACAGAUGAUUGACCAAGAAUAAGGAUACAUCUUUUAUUGUCUGACAUUGGAACUUGUACAUAAUAAAGCAGAAGGAGUUGGAAAACAUG